AUGACAGAAGUUUUAAUGGAAAAGACGGGCGGUGCGGACAGCGCAAGCGGCGGGUCUGGCGGCUCGGGCAUGGAGUGCAUGCAGUUGCGCUCACCGCCUGGACCUUUCCACUACCUCAUCUCGGAGCAAGUUAAAUCCCUCGUCGCACUACAGGAACUCCAGAAUGAGGUCGGCGCUCUGCUUGAAUUCCGCGACCUCGUCAUCGAGACGUUUCCCAACUUACGCUCGAAGAUGGCGCCUUCUACGCCGGCCAGUGGCACCCGGCGAGAUUGGGAACCUGGCGUCCGCGUACGACGCAAACUUGCCGCUGGCAGCAGUGAUUCAACCCGCGCCAAACCCCAACCGUCCGUGCAGGACUCCGGCUUCAGCACCGAGACCUCGUGUAGCAAAGACGCUCAUUCUUCAGCUUCAGCGCCAUCCGCAUCGCGUUCUCGCCCCGUCGAAGACGAAUUGUGGGCGCUACUUGACGUCAUCCAACGCAAGGGAUCCCGGCUGCGAGAUGAGGCGGAGUUACUUAGAGGGGAACUCGAUGAGAGGCAGUCGGAUACGGCGGAAGAGUCGUUUGCCCGCCACUUGUCACAUGGAUGUGCGGAUGCAGAUGUUGUGAGACUGAGGAGUGAGAGAGAUGCACUGUUGGCUCGCGCCGCUCAGCUUGAAGCAUUAGCGGCGACCAGUCCUCCUCCAGUACUCACCACACCGUUAGGAAGACUCGACACCACGUUAGAGACUCCACAUAGACCUCCUAGAGUCUCUAUUACGGAUAAAAAGAAGUUCACGGCGAUUCUCCAAGAGAGUAAUCCUGUCGAACUGAGAAGACAACUACUAUACUCUAUCGUACAGAAUCAGGUGUACAGUGAGCAGCUAAAGCGAGCGGCCGAACAGCGUUCGUUGCUAUUGGAAAAGCUCGAUAGAGCCACUGAGCAUAACGAAGAUUUGAAAUUUAGGCUUGAAGAGAAGAGUGUAGAGCUUGACAGCAUGAAAUCUAAACUUCAGAAGAAUAGUAGCGAGAGUCUAGAACGUCGCGAUCACAGUAGCAUGCGCGACAUGGAGCCUCUGAACAUGCCCGAUGAGGCCAAAAUUACUGAGACGCCGCGCCGCAAGCCUAGCAAGAUCCCCCUCCACACCGCUCACAAGGGGGCAGCACCGCGGCCCCCCCUGCCCUCGGCCCCCCCCUCGACCAUCCUCGGCCCACAGCAGCCGAUCGGCGAGGUCGACCACCUCAGCUCGCAGCCGGACCUCAAGGGACACGUCGACGGUCAGCCGAAAGGAACACAAGUCCGCCGUUCCCGUCCGACGGACGCCGGACAACAAGGUUCGGCAAUUCUGGAACAACUGGUUCCCCUUCACCGAUCGAAACUAACAGUGCCCUCUAGUGCUAAUACCCGUAAGCAAGAUGUGCAUGUGGAAGUGAGUAGCGAGGCCGACCGCUACCGAGAUUCCCUUGACGCAAAGCGGAUCGAAGCUGGCACCCAAUUGGUGGCCGAAUAUCUAGCCAGAACCGAUCGCUUGGCUCCUCUAUUCCCCAAACUACACACGGUGAGAACACGGCCCCUACCAGAAAACCUCCUACAGGAUUGCCGGAUCGCCUACGAAACCCCACAGAACUUAGCACUUGAGUUAUCGAAGAGCAUUCUAUACGAUAACUCAGAUUCGAUCGACCUGAAAACUCUGAAUAUCAAUUCCGACGCGUCACUGUGGGACGGCAAACCUCAACAGUACUUUGAAAGUAUGAAUGAGAAUUUAAGGGAAUUCGAUGAUGAUUCACUCGCUUCCUAA